UCGGCCUGCACAGACCGCCUGCUCGGCUCGCCCGAGCUCGCCUGCUGCUCGCCAGCCCGCGGGAGGGAGGCGAGAAUUCGAAAGCUUCCGCGGUUGGCUACUCAGUGUCCUGGUCUCAAGUUGCCUAACAUUGUGGUUGGCGUUCCUAAUACGGACACAUCGUUUCUUUUUAAUACUUCCAAAGAAACAGAAUAGCUUCAAGCUGGCGGGAGCUAUGGUUCACAUAAAGAAAGGCGAGCUGAGCCAGGAAGAAAAGGAGCUUCUGGAAGUCAUCGCAAAAGGUACUGUCCAAGAAGCUGGGACACUAUUAGCCAGCAAGAAUGUUCAUGUCAACUGCCUGGAUGAGAAUGGAAUGACUCCUCUAAUGCAUGCUGCUUAUAAAGGGAAACUUGAUAUGUGCAAAUUACUUUUACGACAUGGAGCUGAUGUAAAUUGUCAUCAACAUGAACAUGGAUACACAGCCCUCAUGUUCGCCGCACUUUCUGGUAAUAAGGACAUUACGUGGGUGAUGUUGGAAGCUGGUGCUGAGACAGAUGUUGUCAACUCUGUGGGAAGAACAGCAGCUCAGAUGGCAGCCUUUGUGGGUCAACAUGAUUGUGUGACUAUAAUCAACAAUUUCUUUCCCCGAGAGAGACUGGAUUAUUACACUAAACCCCAGGGACUGGAUAAAGAGCCAAAACUGCCCCCAAAGUUGGCAGGCCCACUGCACAAAAUUAUCACCACAACAAAUCUUCAUCCUGUCAAGAUCGUGAUGCUUAUAAAUGAAAAUCCUCUGCUGGCAGAAGAAGCAGCUCUGAAUAAAUGCUACAAGGUGAUGGAUCUGAUUUGUGAGAAAUGUAUGAAGCAAAGAGACAUGAAUGAAGUACUGGCUAUGAAAAUGCAUUACAUCAGCUGUAUCUUUCAGAAAUGCAUUAACUUCUUAAAAGAUGGAGAGAAUAAACUGGACAGUCUAAUCAAAAGCUUGUUAAGAGGCCGAGCUUCUGAUGGCUUUCCAGUAUAUCAAGAAAAGGUCAUUAGAGAAAGUAUCAGAAAAUUUCCUUACUGUGAAGCUACUCUCCUCCAGCAGCUGGUGCGAAGCAUUGCUCCUGUUGAAAUUGGUUCUGAUCCCACUGCAUUCUCUGUACUUACCCAAGCCAUCACUGGUCAGGUGGGUUUCGUGGAUGUUGAAUUUUGCACUACCUGCGGAGAAAAGGGAGCAAGCAAAAGAUGCUCAGUGUGCAAAAUGGUAAUAUAUUGUGAUCAGACCUGCCAGAAAACACACUGGUUUGCACAUAAGAAAAUCUGCAAGAAUCUCAAGGACACUUAUGAGAAGCAACAGUUGGAGGCUGCCAAAGAAAAGAGUGAAAAGGAAAACAAUAGCAAACUUGACGUCAAUUCGAAUUGUGUUAAUGAGGAGCAGCCAGAGGCUGAAGAGGAAGCCUACCAGGAGGAUUGCAAUCCUGGAGAUUCUGUGGAAGGGGGCAAAGAGUCUCUUCAGAGCGAUGCUGGGCUGGGAGGCUUACAGGAGGCUCCUGCCAGUCCACAGGUAUCUGAGGAGUAAGAGGCAGAGCACGUGCCAGCGCGGACAGGCCUCACCGUGGCAGGUAGCUGGAAAACACGUGUGACCGUGUCUUCCUUGCCUCGACACCUGCAUGGCGCUGUGACAGGAUUCCACAUUUCAUAGAAUAGAUGCUUUCCAGCAAAGCUCUGUCUACUAUGCCCUCAUUUCCUACUGAGUUCUGUUCUAUAAUUGGACAGAUAUUCCUAGGGAAAAAAAAAUUUUUUUUUUUUUCAAAAUAUAGGGGAAACAUUUCUAUCCCCUUUUUGAGGCAAGCUUCCCAGCAGUUGUUCUCAAUGGAAAAUAAAUUUCCUUUUAAAGAAGAAAUAACUGCUCUAGGGAACAAAGAGGCGAGCAGAACAGAUGUAAGAGAGGAGAUUUUCAGGAAAGAAAAAUGUUAUAGCCACAGAGAUGGGAAGCUAAAAAAAUCAUAACUUAUAUGUAAAUAAAAUGCAUAUAAAUAACAUCUACAGUAGUGAAGUUCUAUGUAUUAAGGUGCAAUGAAAUGAAAAACUACUUGUUAAAGAAUCUUUGCCAUAGUUCAGCUAGCUGUAGUUUUCUACAGAAUUUAUCCCGAGCAGCCUGAACUUUAUGUAGUUCCUGCAGUGACAUUUUAUCUGCAGCAUUUGUACCUUCAGAAAUAUCAGAUCCCCCAGGAAGAACUAAGGCAUAGCCACGGUUAUCUCAGCAUGUGCAUUAAAAAAGAUGUUUCAUGAAGUUAUUGAUUAAACAAAGGCUAAACAGACUGUGUCCACAAUUACUGUAGAACUAAUUCAUGUGCCAUAUUCCACUUUUAUCUUCCUAUGAGCUUUUCAUAUGGUUCUUCCUGUCCACACACUGAUUUAUAACUGUCAUUUAUAGACUGUCCUGGCACCAGGCUUUAGUGUCUGCAAUGUCUGAAUAGAGCUGGAGUGUGAUAUCUGGAGAUAGGGCUGUGUUGCACAGUUUCUUAUGCUGACUGUAAAAUAAAUUGUGCCUACUAAUAUAA